AUGACUGGACAGAGUCUCAAGGAUUCAAACGUAGCCAAUACUGAGAAUAACGCCAUUAGCAUUAAUGUCGGAGGCUUCAAAAGGCGACUUCUCUCUAACAUACUGUCUCGCUUCCCUGAGACACGUCUUGCCCGUUUGCUUCGAUGUCAGUCAAAAGAAUCCAUCCUUGAACUGUGUGACGACUAUGAUGAUGCUGAAAAGGAGUUCUACUUUGACCGUAAUCCUACGCUUUUUCCCUAUGUUUUGAAUUUCUAUAACACAGGCCGUUUACAUGUUAUGGCAGAGCUCUGUAUUUUCUCAUUCAGCCAGGAAAUUGAAUAUUGGGGCAUCAAUGAAUUUUUCAUCGACUCCUGUUGCAGCAACACCUACCACUGCAGGAAAAUGGAGCCAGAACGGGAGGAAUGGGAGGACAAAAGUGAUGAAGGGAGCACUACUUCUUCCUUUGAUGAAAUCUUGGAAUUCUACAGCGAUGCUGCAAAGUUUGACGAGCAGCCACUGGGGAGUGUCAGAAGGAAAAUUUGGCUAAUGUUGGACAACCCUGGCUACUCCAUACCUAGCCGUAUCAUCAGCGUAUUCUCUAUUCUGGUGGUGCUGGGAUCCAUAGCCACCAUGUGCAUGAACAGCAUGAGUGAGUUUGCCCUGCUGGACAGUGAAGGCCUGCCUCAAGAGGACCCCCGUUUUGAGGCUGUGGAGCAUUUUGGAAUAGGCUGGUUCACUUUUGAGCUGGUUGCCAGGUUUAUGGUGGCACCGGACAUCCUCCACUUCUUCGAACACCCACUGAACACGAUUGACCUGAUAUCCAUUCUGCCCUUCUACCUCACGCUCCUAAUUGACCUAGUGGCUGAGAGCAGUCCUGCUCUGGCCAACCUUGGCCGUGUAGCACAGGUGCUUCGGUUGAUGCGGAUCUUCCGAAUCCUAAAGCUGGCACGUCACUCCACGGGCUUGCAAUCACUUGGAGCUACACUGAAAAACAGCUACAAGGAGGUUGGACUGCUGCUUUUAUACCUGGCAGUAGGGGUGUCCUUCUUCUCUGUGAUGGCCUACACCAUCGAAAAGGAGGACAAUGACGGACUUACCACCAUCCCAGCCUGCUGGUGGUGGGCCACGGUUAGCAUGACCACAGUGGGCUACGGAGAUGUGGUGCCAGGGUCCAUUGCAGGAAAGCUCACUGCCUCAGCCUGCAUCCUGGCAGGCAUCUUAGUGGUAGUGCUGCCCAUCACGCUUAUUUUCAACAAGUUCUCUUUGUUCUACAAAAGGCAGAAGCAGCUAGAGAUUGCCAUGAGGAGCUGUGAUUUCGAUGAGGGUAUUAAGGAAGUGCCCUCUGUGAACCUGAGGAACUACUACGCUCAUAAAGUAAAGUCUCUUAUGGUCAGUCUGUCCAACAUGAGUCGCAGUUCCCCCAGUGAUCACAGCCUAAGUGAGUCUCUGCAGUAG